AUCUUCAUGUCCUGAACUCCAAAUCAUGAAUCCAAAGAACAUUGACAGAGAGAUACCUGAUACAUCCAGAUGCGUUGUUUGAGCCUCUCUCACCAUUGUCUUCAUUCAUGGCUUGUCAAAGCGUGCCGGAAGCGGAAUCGAACAAGGGCAAGAAUGGCCAGCUUCACGACGCCAGCAACAAACUCUUUGUGUGGAAAGUUUACUCGUUAUGUACAUGAUAUACUCAAUAUACGUCUUUCGUUUGCUCAACAUCAUGCUUUUUCCUCUUUCCGUCAUUGCUACCACCAAAUUUCGCAAACAUGAACGCCGACGAGUCCGACGACGACAUCAGGGACUGGAAAUGGGAACCGUUCUCAGGAGCAAUCAACACCAUCAAGGAGAACACCUAUGACACAGUCCUCGAGGCAACGCAGGAUCCGAACGCUCCCUUUCUUGUCCCACGAUGGACCCGUUCCAACUGGCCACACGAGGGCGUCACACUCCCCCCAGGAAAAAUAGUCCCGCAGGACGGUUCAACGGCUGUCAUCAAGGGUGACGCAACAUCUCGGCUGCGACCAGCUCUCCUGCCCGGUGACAGGGCGCACAAUCCUACCAGAUAUGCCCUGCGAUAUGGCAUUUUCCCCGAUGAUGACUUCCGUGGUCCUCGACACGGCCGGUCACGCAUGUCCCCGAUAACGGAGGCUUUCGAGCACGAAUUCCAGAAUCUGGAUCAAGGUCCGGCAUCGUACUCGCAUGCAAACAUUGCCGCUUUCAAGAGCAAAUUUGUAGAAGAAGAGGUCUAUGCAGAUGAUGAGGACUAUCAAAGGGCCUUGUUCUAUGGAUUCACGACCAAAGAGAGAAUCGAUUGGAAAGCUGAGCCUUUGCACCCGGACUUUGAGCCUCAGGAGAGUAACCUCAAUGGGAAACUUCACGAUUUGCUCGCACGAGACCAAAAAUGGCUGAAUAUGGACGAGGGCGGUCGGCCGAGAUACAAUAUUUGCGGCAAGACAGGCGAAUAUUCUGUGAACGACGAAGAACUCUGGAAAGCCCUACAACCAGCCCUCCAGCUCGUCACCCGGGUCUUGCAGAUGGACCAUCCCUUCUGGCGCGCAUGUCUGGAUUCUCUCUGCGGGAUCGAAGUUCCCCCUCAUCGCAAAAGCAAGAAGCACAAGGACAAAAGACUCAUCUACAUCGACCCCAACGAGCCCAAGGACUGGUUCACGAAGCAGGGCGCUCACAUGAGGGCAAGCCUCGCCCUCGAAUAUAUCCAAGAAAGAGUAAGCUUCAGCAUCAAGUCAAGCCAUCAAUUUACGCUUGCAUAUAAAUGGGGAUUGAACGGAGACGACCUCUUCGGUGAGACGCAGCCAUACCAUCGACGCGACGCUGUCAAUUUUCGUCUGGAAGUCGCGAUUGCAGCCGAGAUCAUGUGGCCUCUGCUUGUUCCGGAGUACACCGUCGUCGAAAAACAGAAUUGUUCACUCGUCAUUGCGACUGUCAUUCUUCACGAGCUGGCUCAUGCCGCCCAUUUUGCCAUGUAUUGCAAUACCACAGACACUCUAAACCCAGAAGUUCGUCGAGCCUGGGACGAUCCCUUCUGGGCCAACGAGGGGAAAGCUGAAAUCGGUUAUGCAUUUGAGAACCAACUAUGGGGCGGCACCCUCAAACCGCCUCACAAAACCGGCAUCGCCAGAUUCUAUCCCUACCGUACCUGGCCCAUAGACAUCAGCCUCUGGCAAUGGCCAGACCCACCGGACGACAAGGACUACGCGAACAGCGCAAACUACCUCCGCGACGCUGUCUUGCCCACAUCGCGGGUCGGGACACUUAUCCAGCUCAAGGACGUCCACCGACUAUUCCAGCAGAGCUUCUGGGACACCAACGUUCCGAUCUACGGCCACAGGGCUCUGAGGUUCACCACCGCCGGAAGACCUUCUUUUACCGUGCCGCACGAUGCGGAACAGAGGAAACAGGACUGGUACGAAACGUUCGGCCAAUCCAAGGGUAAAUGGCUCAAUUUGGCAGUGAGAGCGUUCAGGGCCGCUGGAUAUGGCAUGGUAUCUGAGUACCUCAGCCAUCUCAUCGACGAGGAGCUGGUGGGCGUGAGGACCAAGAGCCGCUGGGACGAGGAGAAAAAGCGGUGGUCUAGCCGUGACGCAGAGGUGAAAGAACAAAUGGAAAAGAUCGGAGACAACGCCUUGUCGAGCAUGCCCGGAGAUGCCGCAGUCAGCGUCACCCAGCUCAACGCACGCUCUACCACCCAGGAAUUGCUCUCCGCCCUGCAAGACUUCCGCAGUUCAGUGCUAGCCGAGCUCCAGCACUCCCAGCGCAUGGCGGUCGAAUAUCUGCAGCUAUCUGACCUCGACAAGAGCUGGCUCCAAGUUCAGCUCUGGAAGCUUCAGCAGCGGAUCGAGUCCUACGGGCGCAAAGUGCACAGAAUCAUGAACCUGUCUCUCCCAGCCAAGAUCACACGCUGGACGCAAAUCGUGUUUCUCGAUAACCAGCUCCUCUCGUCCAUCAAUGAGAGCAUCACAAGCAUCACGUUGCUUUUCCACUCUCUCAAGCGGACCAGAAACUACCUGGACAAGAACACCCUCUCGCAGCGCGAAUUCGACGAGAUAGCAAAGACGAUGCCCUCCAUUGGGGACACCGUCUUCCGCAACCGGUCCCAGCGCCUGCAGAAGAUCGCUCAGCGAGAGGUGUUUAACAUGCCGCUCAUGUUUCGUCAGCUGUGGGAUAAGUUCCAUGUGAUCUUUGGGAGAAUCACGACGAAACUUCGCACGGGGACGUUGAGGGUGAAGCCAUACAGGAAGAAGCAGAAGAAGAAGAAGAAGGCUGCGAGGAGCCCUGGCACCGACUAUGACUCUGACCUGUCACUAUCACGACUUACCCUCAGAAGCCCGCAAUCAAGAAGAUCACCAAGAUCAGCUUUCCCACAGGCACCGGCACCGGCACCGGCACCAAGGCCAACGACAAGAGUCAUGUCGGCUAACAACCCAGAGCAGGAAGCAAUCUUGUCAGGACACGCUUUUGCAGGGCUGCAGAUUAGACCACGGGCAGGAGGACAACCACCACCUCGGGCUAGCAACAACCUACCAGGGCAAGGAAUCACCUUCUCAGGCCAUAACUUUGGAAAUCUGGAAAUCAGGUCACGACCUUUACCAUCAGCGGCCGGCGCUAAGCGCGGACGGGACGAUGAUGAUGACGAUGAACCACAGUUGCCCGCUACUAAACGACAGCUGCGCCCGAGUCAGGUCCUCCCGCCGCAGAGAUUUGCUCGUGCUCCUGGUGCUGCUGGUGCUGCUCCGUCUACGUCUCCUGCGGCUGGUGCUUCCCGUUCUGCUACCGGUUCUGCUUGGACUUCUUCUUCUAGUUCUGGGUCUGAUGAUGGUGUUGGUGAUGAUUCUAGUGAUGAAUCCGGUGGUGGUCCUGGUGGUGAUUCUGGUGGUAGCUCUGGUGGUUCACCAGGUGCUGGUGCGGAAGGUGCUUCCGAAGACGAAGAGUUGAUACCCGAAGGGAGCUAUAGCGGAGGCAGCAGCCCCAGGAGCCCCGAGAUCCCCGAGGGCCCCGAGCCUGGCUACAGCCCCGGAGAUCCGAUGGAAAUCAGCGACAGCGGCAACGGACGCAGCAGAGGAAGAAGGCAAGCAGCGCCUUCUUCCUCUACCCACCACCACCACCACCACCACCAUCAUUCCCAUUCCCACUCCUAUUCCUCUUCCUCAUCCUCCUACUGCUCAACCUGCUCCUCCUCUUCCGAAUCCGAAACCGGCCUCGUAACCAACGACCCCAACCUCGCCGACCCCUUCAUGGACGCCCCCCCUCAACCUAACACCACCACCACCACUACCACCACCACUCCCCAACGUAACCCCCCUCCUCGCACCACCCCCCUCCGCACCCCCCACAUGCGCGCCCCCUCCCGCUCCCCCUACCGCACCCCUCCCCCCGCUUACCAAAAGACUCCCCCCGUACACUCCCAAACGCCACGUCACAUUAUGGAAGGCCCUCGCCCCCGUCGCCGGUCCCCCGGUCACUCCCCUCUUGAGAGCCCCCGCGGCCGAUCUCGCCGUCAAGCCCAACCCAACGAAACUCCCCCGCCCUCUUUCCUCAACGCAGUCGGCGGCCUCUUUGGCUUCAGCGGCGGCCUCGGCAGCCCCAGUGGCGGACGCCCUGCCACCGACGGCGACAUUCGCAAUGCUCGCACGCCUUCGUCCCCUGAGCUUCGGGCUCCGAGGGGUAGAGAUUCUCCCACACAAGUGAGGACGCCGACGUCUGCUAUGCGGGGGUUACUUGCUCCUUUGGGGCGGUUGAACUUUUUUGGUGGUGAUGGUGGUGGUGAUGGUGGUGGUUCUCCACCUGCGGCACCUGCGGCGCCUAGACGGGGGAAUGUUGUCAAUCCUGGAGCGGGAGCAGCGCCCGGGCGAAGGGGCACGGGGAUCUAUGAGCGGCGUAGAGCUCCCUUUGCUGAGAUGAGUAUUCCGAAUGUUCCGAGAGGUAGGACGGGUGGAACGGGUACUUCUGGUGCUCCGAGGGGUGCUCGGGGUGGUAGGGGUGCUCGAGGGGCUGGUACUGGUGCGAAUGCUGGAGGGCCAAGUGUCGGGUGGGGUGGUCUGGGAGAUGUUUUUGGUGAUGAGGGGAGUCAAACAGCAGGGCAGAGGGAGGAUUUGGAUAUGGAUGAUGGGAUAGAGUAGGUCGCCGUUGUAAUGAGGAUGGGAAGGAGACAUGACUGGUUGUUGAGAGGGUACGAAGCUGGUGGAAGGGGAUAGAGGAUGGAGGAUGGAGGCUUGGGGGGGGGGGGUGAAAUCAGGUUGUAUUCAGUUAUGUAAGUCGGGAGGGCCGACUACCUGGGAUGGCGCAACAUGACCGGGUCAGUGAUUUGGUUUGGGUUUGUGGUAUAUUCUGCGUUUUAUGCUUGGUUAAUUAGUUAGACACAUUGGCCUUUUUUUUUUGGGGGAAUCGACUUCUGUUUGUAAUUGUUAGCUAUUGUAUGAUUGUGUUAUACCGUUAGUGGUAACUAAUGAGACGAGGAUGUCCAGAAAAAGAGCCAGUCGCUAGCAAACCAAAUCUUCCGCUUAUCGAACCAAGACCGCGCUGAGUGUUAAACAAAACCGAGCAGAGAGAACUAUUGUCCCCCACUGGCGUUCCUGAUUCCCUCGGACUUGCAUGUC